AUGGGCAUCUACGCUUAGGGAAUUUCUAUCCAGCUGUCCCUAUUGAUGUUGUUAGGGUGAAGUCUUAUGUGAAUAGCUCCUUUGACCCUACGAGUGUACCAGUGAGGAUUACGAUCAAUAAACUUAACCUCCUUCCAAAGCGAUUGGUUGUCUUUAGGUUUUGAACGUCCAGUAAAUUUUACAGAGACAUGAUUUAACCAGUGAUUCGAAAUACAUUUGGUGUCGUCCUGUGUAUUGGUAACUUGUGUUACUUACUUGCUGGAUCAUUUUACAGAAAUCCCGGUCAUUACCAAGAAUCCCCAAGAUUCGACCGCAAUGGAGGGCGGGAGUGUAACGUUUUGUUGCGAGGCAAAAGGGAAGCCUGUUCCUGUGUAUAGCUGGUUUCACAACGGUGUACUGGUACAAGAGCUGAUCAGCAGAAACCUUCGUCUGUCUAGUAUAUCUUCACGUGAUUCUGGCACAUACAAAUGUAGCGCCAAAAAUGAACACGGGGAAACAGUUUCCAGCAAAGCAGAGCUGACAGUUGUUCCGGGUGAUCGCGACGAUUCGUGUAACCCCAGCCCUACAAAAAAGGUGAUGUUAUUGCCUGAAGGAUGUACAGAAGAUAGCAGUGGAAGUAACCUUAUCAAUGUUGGUACUUGCUCCAGUGAAGUAUGUGUGAAGCGUAACCAGCGCCAAGCUAGAAGCUGUAGAGGACAGGACUCCACUCGGCAAUGCUGUAGCCCAGCUUCUAUGUCUGACAGCCGCGUGAGUUGCAAAAGCGGUAUAAAGUUCAACAUACGGAUAGUCUCCAAAUGUGCAUGUGCAGACUGUGCUGUCUCAAAAAUAAAUUUUCGAGGCAAAAUUGUCGAUCCUGAGGGAAAUCCACUCCAGUGGGGCGAAAUGACUGUAAGCAAUGACCAAGGUAACAAAUACUAUACGGACAGGCGAGGAAAUUUCAAUAUUCUGGUCAAGUCUGGAACCAAGCGAAUCGUAUUGACUGUGAAGGACAAACUGCAAGGACUGUUGCAAGACACAACGAAAGUUUUCGAGGUUCAUGAGGAGCAAGUGUCCUUUUACACUAUCGUCCUUCAAAAGAAACCACCUGCCAUUAAAUUCCCAGCAAACAAGAAAAAGAACAUUCCUCUUGGAGGAUCUGCAGGUAGACCAAAGUUUGUCGAUCUGGACAUCCCUGCAAAUGCCUUCCUCACGGCUGAUGGAAGAGUAUAUAAUGGUGAGAUCACUGCAACAAUUGGGGUGAUUGAUCCUAGAAGCCAGGCAGACAUGAUGGCAGCCCCUGGGGAUUUUUCAGCGAUAAACGACAACGGAGAAGAGGUGACCCUCGGAUCUGUUGGAAUGCUGAGACAAGCUUUCACGGACAAUAACGGCAACCAGCUCAGUCUUAGUAAAAACAUCUCAGUCCGCAUCGACGCUGAACAGUUAGAUAUACCCAAUGGUGUCACAGUUCAUCAAUGGUACCUGAGCAAGGAAACGGGUCGCUGGGUGAAGAUCGAAGAAUUGCGCCCUAAGUACGGCAGUGGAUCGAGGCUUAGAAGACAAGCGAGGAAGUACUUUGUAACCAACAUAACACCGAAUGUUCCUUAUGACAACAUUAACUGGGAUUACGUUUCUGUUGCCAGUUACGUCCGAAUUAGGGCUACCCCUGGCACAGUUGUGACUCGCAUUGGUUUGAGCAACAAUGGGCUACAAUAUACCUCCUACCGCCAAGGUACAGUCCCUGCCAGUGGAAUCCUAUGCAUUCUAAGUCUACGAAACAGACAGGCCAUCUUGCAAGCCGAACGCGAUGGAGUACCUCUUAUUCCUCGACAGCCUAUUGGCUUCCCUCUGGCCGUAAACCCUCAGAUCAUCGAUAGGUCACCCGUCGGGACCAUUUUCAAGAUCCAGUCGUUUAGAUUCACCUCCACAAAAGUGGAUAAUCGAGGUCCAAUAUAUCUCAAAGGCGAGCAAGGUAGAUGUGCACAAAGUGGUGCAAAUGAUGUUGCUUUUGAAUUUCAAGAUGCCGCUCCUGGGCAACUAUUUCACUGGCAAAGUGUUAGAAUACAAGAUCCUAACGAUUCUCGUAGGUGGCGUGUAAGACCUAAUGAGAUUUGUUACGUCAAAGCGCUUGUUACAGGAUCAAAUCCAGACUCAGUUAUAUACGUAAGAAGCAUUGGAAAGGCUCCUGGUCAACCCGACUUGGAUUACGGUUACACAGCCGAGAAGAGUUCUAUAAUUGGUGGGCAAGGUGUGGUGUGCUUGGAAUACCGAUGCAAUGAAGGUCCACUAGUUCCGUAUCAGACCCACUUGCAAUUCCUUACUCUGACAGGAACAUGCACAGUCCAGAGUCUCAACAAUGUUUUGGUCGGUUUACAAAAUCGGUGUUCUGUAUCCCCAGCCGGUUCCUCAAGUCAAGAGCGCAACUUCUGUGUUCCAGACUUGGUAGGAGGUGCCGCUGCACUGUACUCUGGCUCUACAGGUGUGGCUAAGAACAGAUGCCUCACAGGAAACCAGCUGUACAACUCAGGAAGACCGACUACCACAAACCGCAGCCCUACAGUGACAUUUACCUGUAGCUAAGCCUGAGUACGCGUUGGACAAGCGGAAAGAUAGAUGAAUAGCAUAAAGGAAAACUACGAACCUUGUUAUGAUCUGUUGACGAUUGAAAAAAGAUGAAACUGAAUGAAACUGUUUGUCUAGAUAGGCCGAGAUAAUUAAAAAGUUAGUGAAAUAACUUAACAAAAUGUUACUUUACAAAUUUGCUGAUAAACGAUGAUUUGGAAUUUAAAAAAAUGGCUUAUAACUUGAAAUAA